AUGAUUAGGAUAAGAUCAAGUUCACGUAGUCGUAGUCGAACUCGAAGUCGAAGUGCUAGACGAACGGGUAAUGGUUAUUCAUCAAAACGUGCUGACAGAAGUCGUAGUCGUUCAGGAAGUAGUCGAUCAUCCAAUGAUCGAAGACGUUCAUAUAGUCGUUCACGUUCUGGAUCUGAUAGUCCAGCUCGAUCAAAAGAACGACGAUCACGAACAAAAUCACGUUCAAGAACACGAUCAAAAUCAAGAUCUCGUGGUAGUCGAUAA